GAGAUUCUUCUCCCGCACCUUGCCACUCUCUGCCAGCGGCUCUGGCGAUCACCUCACCAGUUCCAUCAACUCUGGGCGGAUGCCUGGAUUGCGUGGCUUGCAAAGCCGGGCACAGCCCCGGAUCAGCCCGAGAACUUGCGGCCUAUUUCCCUCACUGAGGGAGGAGGCCGUAUAGUCGUCAAGGCACUCACUCUCCACCUGCGUCCGUCCCUCACUGAGGCGACGUGGUCCUGGCCACAGUACGCUUAUGUACCAGGGCGUAGCAUUGAACAUGCGAUAGUCCGCGCUCUACACCACUGUAGCCGUGUUCAAGCUGCCAUCGCGUCCCAGCGUAUCACUCUACAGGAGCGAAGGACCACUGGACGCACUCCCACCACCUGUCAAGGCGGAGUCACGCUGUCCAUCGACACCAGCAAAGCCUUUGACACAGUCGAUAGAGGAGUUCUUGAACAGGAGCUCAAAACGGCCCGCAUUCCGGAGCCGGAACUCACACUCAUUAUGUCCUUGCAUCAAAACAUCGGAUAUUGGCCGGCAGGCCCAGGGUCCGAUAUCCGAGUCUCUAGUGAGAGAGGAGUGCGACAAGGUUGUCCCCUUGCCCCUAGUCUCUGGACGCUUGUCACGGUAGCCCUACUCCGUGCUAUGGCGGGCACUGACGCUCUUGACUGGAUCCAGAAUGACACAACCAUGUUCGCAGAUGACCUCCUUCUCCAAUGGGAGUAUACUAGUACACAAGAACUUGAGCGUAUGAUCUCUGCCAUCCAAGAAUGUUUUCGGGUGCUUGAGCGUCUAGGUCUUCAGGUACAACGCCGCAAAACUCAACUACUUGUUGCCCACAAAGGUCGCGUGGCGCAUCGAUGGUGGCAGAUGCACACGGCCUCCUCAUCGGAGGGCCGAUUUCUUCGUAUUCCACAGCCGAAUCAAAAGGACUUGCGACUUCCCGUUGUCACCCAGCUCACCUACCUAGGCAUCGUCCUUUCUUACAAGGAUGCGGCCACUGCCACCGUAGAACACCGCCUUCAGGUGGCUGAGGCCCAACGUGCUCGCCUCCUCAAAGUGUUGCACUCGCGUACCCUCCCUCUACGAAAACGAGUGCAGCUCUGGGUGGCGUGUGUUCGCAGCUCGGCCCUAUACGGUCUACACCUGUUGGACCUGCAGCAGAAGCAUGUGGCACGCAUCACCAUUGUUCUUGUCAGGCACUUGAGGGCCAUCUCUCGGAGCUUCGCUCACAUGUCACAGGAAUCCAGUCAGGCCUUGCUCCUUAGACUGGGAGUGGAGGAUCCCCUGCCCUUCCUGCUGCGCAGCGGUCAGAAGCUCCUGACCAAAACCCUCCAAUCGCAGGAUCUAUGGUGCAUAGGUGCUCCCCCACCCAAUGUCGAGUCAACUUCUGAUGCGACGGUAAUAGCUGGUGAGGUCACUGAGUCUCUUCGAGUUGCCUCACUCCCUGGUCCUCUGGUGGGCACCAGGUGCAGCAGUCUGAACCAGCUCUUCACGAAAAGGCACGUGUCUGUUGUCUGGUACAGGCAGACCUUGCAUCAAAACGCAUCGCAGAGCCGGCGCCUGCCCUCAGCUCAACUCCGCCCAGCCAUGGAACAUGUGCCCACGCAGAUGGACUUGGACGAGGAAGAGAGGCAGUGCUUCGGGAACCUUCUGAGGAAGCGAGCCCUCGCGCUCGGGGUGGAGUCGCCGAGCAAGUAUCCUCACCCAGGGGGGAAGGGUGCCCCGCCACAGGGAGGUGGCAGACCUCGCCAGUUCCAACCGAACCGCGGUCCCCGCCAGACGGCCCCCUCACAGGGGAGCCGAAGCAAGGAGGAAAACCGAGCACGAUCGGGGACUUCUUCGGACGUGCUGCUGCACAAGGUAGCCAAGGCACUCAUAGUCCAAUCGGACUACCUGUCGCGUCUCCAAAGCGACCACACGGUCAUCUUCACGUUUCGGAACGGCGACGGCCCUCAGUUGAUGGUGCCGCUACUUCACGAAGUGGCAGAAAAUUGGCGAGAUCAGCGAAGCAAGGGCAAAGUCACCAAGUCCCUCAAGCAAACUCUGCUCCAGUAUGUGACCGCAGAAAUCAUCACCAGCGUCACUACAUUCGCGAGCGACAAGAGUGCCCAGGCCAAAGCACAGGAGAUGGGUUGGGUGACGAGCGACUUGGAAUACAAUUAUCUCGAUUGGAGUGCCGAGGAGCAGAGGCUCGUCCCUCGUCAGGAGGGGACGCUUACGCAGGACCAGAUCCUGGCCGAUGCUCGGCGCCUCAAGACUCUUCUGAAGCAGCAGGAGCUGAUUAUCAAAUUCUCGGUGAUGUCCAUCUUCAGGAAGUGGUUUGCAUCGUCGGCUCUUCUGCUUCUGUCACUCCGUCUCAAGCCGGCCCGCCCAGAGCGGUCGCCGGUAAUCAAGGAGAUUCAGGAGGCGGUGGGAUGGUGUGUGAGCACACCACGAGAGGAGCAGCUGAUUGCCAACAUGCCUGCAUGGAGGUCGCUACUUGAAGAGUGGCAGCACAUGCAUCGCCAGCAAGAUUGCAUGGAGUUUUUGCAUCACCUGCUAGAACGGAAUCCUCUGCCGUUCGCCACCUGCCGCUGGGAGGCCAGACCUGUUCCUGGCACUGCUGCCGCUCGUCGGCCCCUCAUAUGUGGCACUGCCUAUGUGGAUGUACCUCUUCCGAGACGUGCACAUGCAACCAUUCAGGAGUGUGUCGUGCAGUGGCAUGAACAGAAGAUACCGCAUGGACUGGUAGUUGCCCCUCCAAUCCUGUUUGUUAGCCUAGCGCGCUAUGCCAGCAUGAAGCAUCUCGGCUCUCAGAAGGGCUGCCCGCUGCUGGGGGUGGUCUGGGGUUUGUUGUUUUUGUGGUGUCUCUUUCUUCUUCGGGGUUGCCGGAAGGCACUUCAUGCCAUGGCCUGCGAUAUGGCUAUGCUCCUCUGUGCGCCGCAUGGGUCCAACAAGGUUCCUAGGAAUGCUGAUAUGGCUGAUGCUUUGCAUAAGUUCGUGCUGGAUACAGCCUUGGAACAGCUUCUGCAUAAAUGGCGGGAAGUUCUGCAGCUACCUCAAAUCGCUAGGCUUAGUCUGUUUACUACAUAUGCCAGAGCUUGGAAGCCAUGCUCAGCCUUUUGCAUAUGGAGCGAAGCUUGGGAGAUUCUGCCGGGACCUCAGAGACUCCAGAUGUACAAGGAUGUGUCUCUGGUUUUUCCAGACUUCGCUUAUGACAUGCUGCAUGUGGUGUAUGCGGUUAGCUGCAGAGGGGCAUAUCGGAUGCAGCAGGGCGAUCCUGUAGAUCGGUGCCGGUGGCAGGUGAACUCCAAUGUUGGAGGGUCUGCCUAUGGCUGCAGCUUCGUCGUAUGGUCCGGCAAGCAUUCGACCAAGCACGGUGCCUGUGGAGCCGUAUCCUCGGAGCGGCAAAUGGAGAGUAAAUACUACAACAGGGUCUUUGGACGCCGCGGAAGGCCGACAUCCAAUCCUGUCUUCCAUCCCAAGGGUCCUCCUCCACCACCAGGUGCUUCACUUAGCCUGGAGACUGGGAUUGAUGAUCCUGAGGAGGCUGGCAGCAUGCUGGAGUCCCCAACGUCGGACCCCCCGCCGCGAGAGGAGGAUGGAGAAUCGGAGCCUCAGCCUGCUGAGGAUCCAGUCGUUGAGCCGGACACAGGGCGAGUGGCUGAUGAGAUGGCUGCCGGUUGUUGGAUUGACGAUGAUUUCAUGCCAGAGCUCACCUCCGGCUCGGGAGACAAUAGCUCAGAGGAUAGCUUCAUGGCCUGCCUGGACUAUGGCUUUGAGGGGGGCACGAAGGAUUGA